CAAGGAAAUAUGAACUUAGUUUAUGAUCUGAUGCUCAUGACAGCCGUUGAUAAAUUACACUGUAGAGUUAAUUUGUGUUAUGGGUUUUUUUCUGAUACACUGACACUUCUACAAAGUUAAUUCAUUUAAAAAGAAAACAUUACCCGAAAUUUACAACUUGGUGCUGUCCUUUGACUCUAUAAUUUUGACACAUUUAUUUGCCUCACCAGCUCCAUGGGUCUGAAGGACUUCUUUCGUGCCGUCUGCUGCUGUGGAUGUUGUGGUACUUGCAACAAAACGAAAGAGAAAGAACCUCUUUUAAGAAAUAACCACAGAGGUACCACGUACAGUGCAGAAUCAGUGGACCUGAGCGAUGAUGAGUGGAACCUGUGGAGUGUCCCUCACGACUCCUCACACAUGGAGUCUGAUGACGACAGAGAGUUGUACAGCCUGAUUGUGACAAGGAACCAGCUACAACAUGACACAGAGGAGUGGGCGAAACUUAAUUACGACAUUCACACCCUGCGGCAAACCCGUCGAGAGGUGAGAGGCAGAUGGAGAAAUAUUUUAGAAAAAUUAGGGUUUCAGAAAGAAGUGGAUUCCUUGCUGCUGGUUAGCAAAUCGAGUAUAUUGAGUGACUCUGAAAACCUCAGUGAAGCAAAGGAGGUUUUGUUAAAACUGUCAGAAGAGACCAGCUUAUUUCCAAAUGGUUUUGGAGUACAGGAAAGGUAUCUUUUUGUACUGGAUCGUCUUGUAUCCCUGGACGGUGCUGAAGAAUUUUUCAAAAUGGCAAAAAAUAUAUAUCCGAAGAACUCUGAAUAAAAUGUACAAAUGUGCAGCCCACCGUGCUAACAGACAUUUGCUUGAUAUUAUUCUGAACACGGAGAGACUAUCAAAGGGAUCUUUUUAUUCUUGCCAACAGAUCUGCCAGUUGGAAUUUCAGGAAGUCUCUGAACUGUACACAACUAUUACAGUCUCUAACCCACUAUGCAAGCUGCACAGUGCGUUCCAAUAAAACCUGUGGAAAAUAACAGAAAAAAUGGCUAAAUACAUAUGUUAGUUAUACUGUAUUGAGUAUGAAUGGUAAGUUUUUAAAUGUAGUGGUUAGACCAUCUAUAUGAACACAUAUUCAUUAUUGUAUUAUAUAAAUACAGCAAGAAAAGCGUUUAUCAAAUAUUUACAAAUCAUGACAACAGUUCUUUAUUUUUAAGAAAAGGCAAUAAGGGAUCAACAAUGUAAGAUAGAAAUACAGUAACCUAUUCUCAAAACAAGUAUUCAUAUCAAAAGCUACUUAAGGUGGUUCACUACAGUUUGACAUUUAUGAAAAUGUAAUAACUGAAAAUUCAUUCAUUAAAUUAAUAUAAAAGUAAGCAAGUAAUAGGGAGGUCCCCAUGCUUGUGUGAUUUCCAUUAUAUUUACUGUUCUUUUAAAUUGUACAUAUGUUAUCAAUCUGGUUUAUGCUGAGUAAAAUUAGUUUUACAUGCAACUUUAGUCAAUAUUUAUUGUUAUAGCAUGUUACAUACACUAGGUGACAUUGCAGGUGUAGGUUUUGGUCCAAAAUGAAUUAGUGAAUUGAUUAACCCAUUGAGACUGCCACAAGAGCUGCACUCUGAUAUUUCACCAGUAUCAGUCAAAUUAAAAUAACUACAGGAAUUGUAUUGUGUUGAUUAAAAAACGUGCUCAGCUGGGUCAGCAAAGUUAAUGUUGGUUUUGUUUCGCAUAAAUAUUUCAUCUGUAAAAGUUAUUUUCUCUUCCUGUCACAUUGCUACUGGUGGUUUGUUCCCAAUGACUGCAGGAAAUACUACGUCACAAGUGCAUUUUCAUUUCCUGUCACAUGACUUUCGUUGUUUUAUUUCAGUGUUAUUUUUUAAAGGGGUUUGAGUCUUAAAUGAUUCUUUGGUAAGUAUUCUUAACUCAUAAAAAGGCGUCUAAAUGAAAUAUUCUUAAUAUGGGUACAGAAAAUAUGGUAGUUUGUGCAAGUGUUUGGAAUGACCCUUUCAGUACUUUCAGAAUAAAAUUGGGCUAAUAUGUGCAGUAGUUGUGUUGGGUAUAUUUGCUCGGUAUAUUUUCUGCCAUUCUAAAAUGCAUUCAUUUGCUAUUUUGUAGACCUCUUUGUUGUGUUUUUAUUGUAU